AUUUAGCAUAAAAAUAGAAGAAAGUAGAAGAAAAAUAGUUAAAAGAAAAAAAAUAAAAGAUAAAUAGCGAAAAAAUAUCCCCAUAAAAGCAACCUGUAAAGGUUUCUGUUGGUUAAUAUGCUCUGAUAUGGAUGGAAAUCAUGCAACUUUAAGAAGCCUGGAAGAGUUACUCAAUGAGUUUUUUGGAUCUACAACGAGUAACGAUCGAAAAAGACAAAUUGAAGAGCUCUUAAACAGGUUUGCUAUUCAAGAUGGAUCUUGGAUUCAAUGUUUGUUUUUUUUGGAAAAUUGUUCAAAUAGUUAUGUUCACAUGUAUUCUUUAAGCAUUCUUGAGACUAUUGUUAACAGAAGAUGGCUUAGUUUCCCUGGUAAUGAUAAACAACAGGUGCGAAAGGUUGUUUAUAAUUUGUUAAUUUCAAAACAUAAAGAAAUGGCUCCUUUUAUUCGCAACAAAUGCAUUAAAGUCAUAGUUAAUAUUGGAAGAAAUGAUUGGCCAAUGUUUUAUCCUUCAUUUUUUUCUAAUGUCAUGCAGCUGGUAAAAGAGCCAAGCACUACAUUGAUUGGUGUCAUUACUCUCCAAAUGAUAUCAGAAGAAUUUAUUUCACCUCGUGAGGACUUAAAUAUGUCUCGCAGACAAGAGCUUAGAGAGCAACUUCUGAGACAUAUCCCUGAUGCACUUCGCACUUUAACUGAAAUUCUUAAUUCCUUUAUUCAUAAAUCAAUUUCUGCUUCUACAGUUACUCCUCCUCCUUCGCCAAAUCAAGGAUCGCCAUUUCAUACACCACAGCAUUCGCCUCAUCAUUCACCUGCUAACAGUCUGUUAUUAAACGGGCUAUUUUUAUCACAAAACACAAGAACCAGCUCAGAUAUGGACAAAGUUACUGAAGAAAUAUGUAUAUCUAUAUUUAAUUGUUUGACUCAAUAUAUUUCAUGGUUACCAUUGUCUCAAGUAAUAACACCAGCACUUGUCUCUAAAGUUUUUCAAUUCGCAGAGUAUGGCUGUAGUUUUACUGGUAAAAGCAGUGAACUUGGUAUUCAUGCGUUGAGUUGUAUUAAUGAGAUAAUGUCGAAAAAAUUUAUACCUGCAGAGUAUGAAUCAUUUUUGAUGCAAAUGUUUCAACAAACUUUCAACCUUUUAAAUAUAAUUACAAAAGAAUCUUCUGGUCUGUUAAAUAUUGAUGACAGUUACUUGGAAAAGUUCACAGAGUAUCUUGGAUUAUUGGUGAGCAAUCAUUUCAGUCGUUUUGAAUCACAUUCUACUUUGCCUACAGCUGAACUUCUUACUAUGUUUCUUAAAUACAGUUUAUUGCAGGAGUCUGCUGAGUUGUUUAUGGAAUGUCUAGAUAUUUGGAUUAUUAUUUUGGACUAUUUGAUAAAUAAAGUAACAUCAUGCAUAACUGCAAAUAAUAAACUUUCUGUUAUUCAACGGUAUAAUGAUUUUCUGCAACAAUUUUUGAUGCAAAUGUUACUCAAAGUUCAAAAUGUUCAUAACAAUAAGUGGUUAUCUCAACUGGAUAUGGAGAAAGUUGAUAGUGAUGUUGAAACUGAAUGGGAAAAGUUUAUGAAAUUAUCACUUGAUGUAAUUGGGAAAGUAUCAGAGCUCCUACCUGAAGAGACAUAUGAUCAAGCGUCUAACAUUUUCAAACAAAAUAUAAAUAUUUAUUUUGCCUUGUCAUCUCAACUGCAUAAUGGAGAAUUAAAAAUUAGUCAAUCAGAAGUCCAAAGGUUGCACUUAUCAAUGGUAGAUCUAAGCACAUUUUUUAGAAUUAUGGGUAGGCUUUCAUCAAUUUUUACUGAAGAAGUGAGCUUUCAAAAUCGAUUAGGGCAGGCUAAUUCAACACUAGAUGAACUUCUAAAAGGCUCUCUAUUUGGAAUGUAUUAUAAAAUAUUCUUGGUAAACUGUGAUUCUGUACUAUCAAAAGAUUUCAUUGAGGUCCAAUCACAAGCUAUUGGUUCUGUACAAGCAUAUUGUUAUUGGCUUUCAAAGUUACACUUGCUUGUAAUUAACAACGAAUCUCAUUCAGAAAUGUUUAAAGAUAUCAUAUCUACUAUAUUAGAUGUUAUAUGUUCUGCUAUAGAGCCACAGUUGCCUAGAAAAAUUCAGUUAGCUGGUGCUCAGCUUUUGUUGUCAUUGUCAGCAACAGUACGACCACGCUUCUUUUUAUCUCUUAAACAAGUUCAAAAGUUAUUUUCAGAAAUAGACAAGAUUCAUGAAUUGACUGAUGAAAAUGUAAAGAACACAAUCUUUAAAGGUCUAUCUAACUCUUUAACUUUGCCCUGGCCAGUUACUAAUUUACAAGAAUGGGAUGUAAGAGAGGCAACUCAUAAGAUGUUAAUUUCAAAUAUUUGCAAAGAUUUGUAUGUUGAUCAGUCAGUUUCUCAAACAGUUAGGUGGAAGGAGUCUGUAAAAAACACAUUUUGUAUACUCAGUGAAGUUGUUGAAUCAGUUUCAAAUGAAGGAACUCAAAGCAGAAGAAUAAUAUAUCUUUCAUUAAAAGAUGUUCUAGAUUUAUCUCUUAAAAUACUAGUAGCCUUUGCAGCUGAACCAGAUGUGGCUGAAAAUAUCCUUAAAUUUCUUUUGGUUUCUGUUAAAUGGUUGAAAGUUCAAAUUGGUUCUGUUUUUGUAGAGAAAAUUAUUCACACUCUCUUAACACUUCUUAAUAGAGAUCAAAUGUCAGAGAUUCUUAAAAAUGGAAAUAUGUCAAGCUUUUGUGUUUUGGAAAAUAUCAUAAAAAUGCUAGAAGUCAUUGUUCAAGAUCCAGACCUAACGUUUAAGAAGCUUCUGCCAAGUAUUCUUUCAUUUAGUCUUCAAAAUCUACUUCCAGCACUUACUGAGAAUAAUUAUCCUGAUUUAAAUGUUGAGUUGUUGGAACUUUUUCAUCAAUUACUUCUUCACAAUUGGCGUUAUUUUUUUAAAUCUGAUAUUGUAUCAAAGAUGAAUGGUACAGAUCAAAUACAACAUGAACAAGAUCUCUUAAUCAUUUUAAAAGCUUACGGCGAUCCAUUGUUGAAGAACGAACUCUUCCUUUUCAAAAAAUCAUUAGAAACAUUAGUUAGCUUAAAUGAUAAACAUCAUUUGUUUGAGAAGGCGAUUUUUCAAUCAGCAAUGUUAAGCAGUUUUUUACAUGUCUUGUUAGACACUCUUACAAAAAAUACUCAUAGUCUUCUUCAAGAAGAGAUUAUUCAUUCAGUGUAUGGAAUGGUUGUAUACAACUUUGAUGCUUACUUCAACCAAUUCAUUCCACACUACCUUAUGAACAUAUCAGGAAUCACUGAUCACCAGAGGAUGCAGCUUCAUUCAAACUAUAAACGACAUAAGGAUAUUCCUUCUUUUACAACUUCUCUUCAACAGUUUGUCGGGGAUCUGCGAUAUUAUCAAAUAAUUAAUAGUGGCGCACAACCUGGCUCUGUACAGCUAUAAACAUGGUUUAAUGACCGUCCUUAAUUAGCACGUUUACUGAUGACGAUGCUUUACCUAAACUCAUCAAUUCAGUUGAAGAGUUAGCGCCUCUCUCAAUCUCCCUACGAUUUUUUGAAUCUAACGAAAGGAUUUGUGUUGAUGCCUAGUUUUAAAGAUAAAUUCAAAAGGAAAUCGUUUUAGAAUCCAAUUCCUAACAAACGAGAGACAAGAUUUGAUGUAUUCGCUCAGAGGACAGUUUAUAUUUAUUUUUGCGGUAACAGCUAGUUGUAAUUUAAAAAACAAUUUUUACUAGCUAAUUAAAUUUGUUUAUUUUAUUAUUUGUCAUUGAUUUAAUCUGUAUCUUGAUCUAACUUUUUCUUACAUUCUUCUUUAAACUUGCAAUUCUAUAAUUUUAUUAUCUUCUAUUUUUAUCUUGAUUAUAUAUGCUCAUAAUUACUUUAUAAACUUUUUAAUGAAUUUUUAUAGUAUUUUUGUUACAUUUACUUUUAGUCCGAUAUAAAAUACAAAUUUAAUAGAUAUGCAUUUAA